CCAAACCGCUCAAACUCACUCGAGCUCUCUCUCUCUCUCCAUCUCAGGGUCCAAACCCGUCAAUGGCGUCCGGGUCGGGCUCGCUCAUGUGGUUCCGGAAGGGUCUGAGGAUCCACGACAAUCCGGCGCUCGAGGACGCCGCCAAGGGCACCAGAUUUCUCUACCCCGUGUUCGUGAUAGAUCCGCACUACAUGGAACCCGAUCCGAACUCAUUCUCUCCCGGGUCGCCUCGGGCGGGCCUGAACCGGAUCCGGUUCCUGCUCGAGAGCCUUGUUGAUCUCGACUUGAGCCUCAAGAAGCUGGGCUCCAGGUUGUUGGUGCUCAAGGGCGAGCCCAGCGAGGUUCUGAUCCGUUGCUUGAAGGAGUGGGAUGUCACGAAGCUUUGCUUUGAAUAUGACACAGAGCCAUACUAUCAAGCUUUAGAUGUUAAAGUGAAGACCUAUGCAUCUAAUGCUGGAAUUGAGGUUUUCUCUCCUGUGAGUCAUACGCUCUUCAAUCCCGCUGAUAUUAUACACAAGAAUGGGGGAAGGCCACCUUUGACCUAUCAGUCAUUUGUGAGGCUUGCUGGGCAACCGUCGUGGGCGUCGUCCCCACUUUCGAUUACAGUUUCUUCACUUCCGCAUGUUGGGGAUGUUGGAAGUUGUGAGAUCUCGGAGGUUCCAACAAUCGAAGAACUUGGCUAUGGAGAGAGUCCACAGGAUGGCUUUUCUCCUUUCAGAGGUGGUGAAUCAGAAGCCUUGAAGAGGUUGAGAAAAUCCAUUGCUGACAAGGUGUGGGUGGCAACCUUUGAGAAGCCUAAGGGUAAUCCGUCUGCAUUUCUAAAGCCAGCAACAACUGUUCUAUCACCUUACUUAAAAUUUGGAUGUCUCUCUUGCAGGUACUUCUACCAAUGCCUUCAAGAUGUUUAUAGAAAUGUCAAAAGGCAUACAUCACCUCCAGUUUCUCUUGUUGGACAGUUGUUAUGGCGAGAUUUUUUCUACACUGUGGCUUUAGGCACUCCUAAUUUUGAUCAGAUGAGGGGUAACAGAAUAUGCAAGCAGAUGACGUAUUGGUGCAGAUACCUUGGAAUGACAAUGAUGAACUGCUGGCGGCUUGGAGGGAUGCUAGGACAGGAUACCCUUGGAUUGAUGCUAUCAUGGUUCAGGUCAGCUCUGCAAGUGGGGUUGGAUGCAUCAUCUAGCACGCCACUCUGUUGCAUGUUUUUUAACUCGUGGCGAUCUGGGCGUGAUGUUUUUGAAAGGCUUCUGAUUGAUUCGGAUUGGGCAAUCAACAAUGGAAACUGGCUGUGGCUUUCAUGUUCAUCAUUCUUUUACCAGUAUAACCGUAUCUACUCACCAAUCUCAUUUGGAAAGAAGUAUGACCCAAAUGGUGAUUAUAUCAGGCAUUUUCUUCCCGUAUUGAAAGAUAUGCCAAAGGAGUACAUUUAUGAGCCGUGGACAGCUCCUCUAAGUGUUCAGACUAAAGCAAAGUGCAUAAUUGGAAGAGAUUAUCCAAAGCCGGUGGUUCCUCAUGAUUCUGAGAGCAAAGAGUGCCGGAGGAAGAUGGCUGAAGCAUACACAUUGAACCAAAAACUGAAAGGCGUGGUGAGUGAAGAAGACCUGAAAAACUUAAGGAGAAAAUUGGAGGAACAUCCAGAGCAGGAAGGUAAAAGUAAAAGGACAAGACAAAAGCCGGUUGGCUGAGUGCAAAAUUGCGGCUAUUUUAGCUGUUUGGGGCAUAGUAAAUCAAAUGUGAUUUUUUCUGGGGAUAGUCUUUUUAAGCUUUUUCUUCUAACUUGCAUUUAUUUAGAUGUUCUUCAGAACUGCUCUGUAAGUACGUAGUGACUGCCUCCCUUGACUGCUUCCAAUUGUUACUUCCAGUCAUCUAUAAAAUUUCUUGCUUUUGCAGCUUCA